GUCCAGAGCUUUAUGCGGGGCUGGUUAUGUAGACGAAAAUGGAAAACAAUUGUCCAAGAUUACAUUUGUUCUCCCCAUGCAGAAAGUAUGAGAAAAAGGAACCAGAUCGUUUUUAACAUGGUGGAGGCUGAAUCUGAAUAUGUGCAUCAACUUUAUAUUCUUGUGAACUGUUUUCUGCGGCCCUUAAGAAUGGCUGCAAGUUCAAAGAAGCCGCCUAUCAGUCACGAUGAUGUUAGUAGCAUUUUCCUCAACAGUGAAACAAUCAUGUUUCUUCAUGAGAUAUUUCAUCAAGGCUUAAAAGCAAGAAUAGCUAAUUGGCCUACCUUAAUCCUAGCUGACUUAUUUGACAUUCUGCUGCCAAUGCUGAACAUAUAUCAAGAAUUUGUUCGGAAUCAUCAAUAUAGUCUACAAGUACUGGCAAACUGUAAGCAAAACAGAGAUUUUGACAAACUCUUGAAGCAAUAUGAAGCCAACCCAGCAUGUGAGGGCCGAAUGCUGGAAACUUUCCUUACUUACCCUAUGUUUCAGAUUCCUAGAUAUAUUAUAACACUUCAUGAACUUCUGGCUCACACACCACAUGAACACGUUGAGCGAAAAAGCCUUGAAUUUGCUAAAUCUAAACUAGAAGAACUUUCAAGGGUGAUGCAUGAUGAAGUGAGUGACACAGAAAACAUCCGGAAGAAUCUAGCCAUAGAAAGAACGAUAGUAGAAGGCUGUGAUAUAUUACUAGAUACCAGCCAAACUUUUAUACGCCAAGGUUCCCUUAUUCAAGUCCCUUCAGUUGAGAGGGGAAAACUUAGUAAAGUUCGUCUGGGAUCAUUAUCUUUGAAAAAAGAAGGAGAAAGGCAGUGCUUCUUAUUUACAAAACAUUUUUUAAUUUGUACAAGAAGUUCAGGAGGAAAACUGCAUCUGCUCAAGACAGGAGGUGUUCUGUCUUUAAUAGAGUGCACACUGAUCGAGGAGACAGACGCAAGUGAUGAUGAUUCAAAAGGUUCUGGACAAGUGUUUGGACAUCUUGAUUUCAAGCUUGUAGUUGAACCUACGGAUGCGCCUCCUUUUACCGUUGUCCUUUUAGCCCCAUCACGACAGGAGAAAGCUGCAUGGACAAGUGAUAUAAGUCAGUGCAUUGAUAAUAUAAGGUGCAAUGGUUUAAUGACCAUAGUGUUUGAAGAAAACUCAAAAGUCACGGUGCCACAUAUGAUCAAAUCUGAUGCUCGUCUUCAUAGAGAUGACAUUGAUAUCUGCUUCAGCAAAACACUGAAUUCCUGCAAAGUACCCCAAAUCCGUUAUGCAAGCGUUGAGCGCCUUUUGGAGCGGCUAACAGACUUGCGAUUUCUAAGUAUUGAUUUCCUGAAUACGUUCCUACAUACUUACCGCAUAUUUACUACUGCAGCUGUUGUACUGGAAAAACUUUCAGACAUAUACAGACGGCCCUUCACUUCCAUUCCCGUCAGGUCUUUGGAGUUAUUCUUUGCCACCAGUCAAAACAACAGAGGAGAGUACCUGGCUGAUGGGAAGUCACCACAUCUCUGUCGCAAGUUUUCUUCUCCUCCUCCGUUGUCACUUUCCAGAACUUCCUCACCUGUCAGAACCCGAAAACUCUCGUUGACCUCACCACUGAAUUCAAGGAUUGGUGCCCUUGACCUCUCUACUUCAUCUGUGGCAAGCAGUCCUACCUCAACCUACAGCCCGGCCACCUCCCCCCCGCCAACGGGUAGCAAAGUACCGCUGGACCUUAGCAAAGGGCUUUCCUCUCCUGAGCAAAGCCCUGGCUCCAUAGAGGACAGCUUGGAGAACCCUCGUGUUGACCUCUGUAACAAGCUGAGGAGAAGCAUUCGAAGAGGUAUUCUAUACCCACAGAAUACUGAAUGUUACUUUUGA